CCAUUUUUAAAAUAGCUUGUCAAGCUUGUGGCUGUGCUGUGGCUUGCUUGAUUAGAUCAGAGAAGAGAGUGCCUGCACUGGUUAAGCUGGUUAGGACUGUUUAAGAGUAUCGUCGGCGACAUUGAGAUCCAGAUCAUGUCGUCUCAUCAUGUCAUAUCGGUGUGUAUAUUCUGCUUCAUAUGCGCCACACAUACGCCCUGUUCUGCUCAUGCAGCUGUGAAACAUAAUUCCCUUCAUCAGAAGGAUUAUGGUCAACCUUCUCUACUAGAAAAAUAUCAAGAAAACAACCGAGAUCUUCCGGUCCUUGGCAAAACGGAAAACAGUAUUAUAGACUUAAAUCACAGAAAAGUCCGACGGAGUAGUGAAUCGGGCAGCGAUAAUGUAAAUAACAGUGACAGUGACACAGAUCAUCUCAGGAAAAUAUUUCUGAAGUACGGCGACGGAGAGUACAUGACGAAAGAGGGUUUCAAGAAGUUCCUAGGGGAUUUAAACUUAUCCAAACACAUAAUGACAGACGACAACCACAGCCACGACGGCCACGAACAUCAUGACCACGACCAUCAUGAUACGCACAGCCAUUCUGAUGACAAAAACAAUACGUGCUUAGAAGUUGAGGAAAUUCCAUCAUCAGUGGGAUUAAAUAGUUCGUACGAAAAAAUAAACGAAGACUCAUUCUACAAAAUGUGUCCCAUUUUACUAUAUAGCUUAGUUAAUAAAGACUGUACCAAAAUGUUAGAUGACCAUCAUGAUAUGGACGACAUUGCUCCUAUUGUAAAUAAUGGAUUUGUCUGGCUGUGUUCUAUUCUCGCUAUUAUAGUUAUAAGCGCUUGUGGAGUUUUAUCCUUAGUUAUUAUCCCAGUGAUGCAGAAGAGGUUCUACAAACCUCUCAUACAAUAUCUCGUAGCCCUCGCCGUCGGCACUUUAGCCGGAGAUGCUCUCCUACAUCUUCUUCCCCAUGCCAUGAGUACUACACACGGCCAUUCUCAUCAUCACACCCAUUUGGCGGAAGACUCAUCGCACGAUGAAAAUAUCCAGAAAGGUUGCGUUGCUAUGUUGGGCCUCACGUUUUUCUUCGUCAUGGAGAGACUGAUUUCAUUGUGCGUUAAAUGGAGGAAAGGAAAACAGAAGAAACAUUCUCAUAUUACUGUCAUCAACGAUAGGAGGGAAAGCACAGAUCAGAAAAAUGAAACACAGUGUAUGGACAAAUACAAUUCCUUUCCUUAUUGCUAUAAGGAUAUAAUGGAUAAUCCUCACAAUACAUACUAUGACACGGACAGAACGGCCACUACUGUCCUGGACCCCGCUUCCAAAUCAGAUACUCAAAAAAUUUCUAAAUCUUCUACCCUAGAGAAAAUGGAACCCAAUAACCAGAACCUGGACUGCCCUUCUGAUAUGAACAUAUGUACUGAAGCUAAUAAGAUGUUAACUCCCGAACACAAAAAUGAUGACUAUACUGUAAUUGUAAGAGAACAUAAGAGCGAGCACCACGGCCAUUCGCAUAAACACGGACAUGUUCAUGCAGCACCUAAGAAUUUUUCGUCUGUAGCGUGGAUGGUCAUAAUGGGAGAUGGAUUACACAAUUUCACCGAUGGAAUGGCAAUUGGAGCAGCGUUUUCGGGCAGUUUAGCCGGUGGGUUUUCAACAACAGUAGCAGUGUUUUGCCAUGAAUUACCUCACGAGCUCGGAGAUUUUGCUAUGUUAUUAAAAGCUGGAAUGACCAUCAAACAAGCUCUCUUCUACAACAUACUAUCUAGCAUUUUGUGCGUAUUUGGAAAUAUUUUCGGACUUAUGCUUGGUAAUACUGAAUACGCCAGUUCGUGGGUAUUUGCUGCAGCUGCCGGUAUGUUCAUCUACAUCGCUUUGGUAGACAUGAUCCCCGAAUUAAGCUCUGCCCACGAAGACGAAGGCAACGUAGGACAAGCUCUGUUACAUUUGGGCGGUUUACUUACCGGUUUGGGUGUAAUGGCCCUUAUCGCAUUUUACGAGCAUGAUCUAAUGACGGUUUUCAGCGAAGCUCAUUAGGCGUGCUCCAGUGAUAUUUUUUUCUACUUAUCAAUAAGAUUUAAGAGUGGUCUAAAGUGGUAUCAGCGAUUUUUUAAGGAUAGUUGAACUGGUGUCGAUAAAAUGAAACGUUUUAAAUAUUAAACAAUACGCUCUAAUAGUCUAAGAUCCGAAUAUAGAUCGAUCUGUACCCAUCUGCUUGCCGGAUGAAACAUUUUUUUUAUUAAAUUUCAUACAUAGACAAAUAUUUCUAGCAUGGGUGCCUAUCAAAAUCGUGUCAUAGCUAUCCUUAAGGGGGGGGGGGCCGUAUGGGUUGAAAUCAAUAUUUCAAGCACAUUUUUUUUGAAAGUAUGGUAUAAUUAUUUUAUUUUUAAAUUAAAUAGGCAUAUUCAGUACAAUUAAUAGAUUAUUCAAGGAAAAAUAUUGAAAAAACGGUGGAAAAUUUUUAAAGACACUUCAACUCAUCAUUGGAUAAUGGUAAACAAAAAAUUCAAAAAGAUUUUAUUAGCUUAUGAGUUUUUAGAGGUAACGCUGUCAAGUUUUUUAGUUUUAUCGACUUUGACUUUUUGAUAUCACUCGGAAGUCAAAACAACGAAUUUUUUUUGCAAAAAUGGGUGAAAAUCAACAUAUUUAUCAUUGAUCAUUGUUAAACAAAAAAUAAGCAUUAAACAAAAAUCUCGACAGCAUUACCUAAAGGAAUGUCUAAAUAAAAUACAGGGUGUCCAGAAACUCUACAGACAAACGAAGACAGGAGAUUCCUCAGAUAAUUUUAAGACAAUUUAACCCAAUUCACCUAGUCCGAAAAUGCUUCCUAAGGGAGCUAGAGCUCUUUGAAGAUGGCGUCAUGUAAUUAGUUUUUCUUAAAUACCUCCAGAACGCUUCUAUUUAGAAAAACGAAAAUUGGUAUGCUUAUUUACUUUCCAGAAGUGAAUCUAUUCCGCCCAUUGCGAAUUUCUAGUACGGGUCAUAGGCGUCCGUUUUGGGUAGGGCAACGGUUAUUUUAUCGCCUAACUUUUUUGUCUUUAAUUUUUAAGCAUUUUUGACUCUGAAUUAUUAAAUUGUGAGGUAUUCUUGUACUAAAAGGUACUCUUACUUUAAGUCGAUAGGGUACUCCGUUUUCUAGAAAAAUCGAUUUGAAAAUUUUUCGUUCUUUGAAUUUAAAAAAAAAGAUUAAAAAAAACUAUUUAGAAAGAUGAAAACUGGUACAUUUAUUUAUAUUCCAGAGAUUAAUCGAUUUCAUUAACGGCGAAUUUCUAGUACCGGUCAUAGACGUCCGUUUUGGGUAGGUCAACAGUUAUUUAAUAGCAUAACUUUAUUGUCUUUAAUUUUUAAGUAUUUUUGACACUAGAUUAUUCAAUUAUGAUAUAUUCGAAUACUAAAAGUUACUCUUGCUUUAAGUUGGUAAAAUACAUCGUUUUUUUUAAAUUGUUUUCAAUUUUUUUUUUGAAAUUCCCAAAGCUAAAAACUUUGAAAUCGAUUUUUCUAGAAAAUGGUGUGUCCUAUCGACUUAAAGUAAGAGUACCUUUUAGUACUAGAAUACCUCACAAUUUAAUAAUCCAGUAUCAAAAAUGCUUAAAAGUUGAAGACAAAAAAGUUAUGCGAUAAAAUAACCGUUGCCCUACCCAAAACGGACGCCUAUGAGCGGUAUUAGAAAUUCGCAAUGGAUGGAAUCGAUUCAUUUCUGGAAAGUAAAUAUGUAUACAAAUUUUCGUUUUUCUAAAUAGAAGCGUUCUGGAGGUAUUUAAGAAAAACUAAUUACAGGGCGCCGUCUUCAAAGAGCUCUAGCUCCCUUAGGAAGCAUUUUCGGACUAGGUGAAUUGGGUUAAAUUGUCUUAAAAUUAUCUGAGGAAUCUCCUGUCUUCGUUUGUCGGUAGAGUUUCUGGACACCCUGUAUAUACAAAAUUCCAGGUGGGUCGGUCAAGUAGUUUUUGAGUUACAAGGUCUACAGCCUUUAAAAAAGGUAGUUUUGAGGAAAAGCGUUUAAAGCAUUGUGAACUUUAUUUUCAAUUAUUUUUUGUCUGUCAAAUCGUAAAAUGAUGCACACCGGAAUAUCUUUUUGAAUCGCGGAGUAAUUUACAAAAGAAAAUGAGAACAGCUGUUGACCGUUGUUCAACAAGCGAGUCGAAGGUAGGGAUAUUCUAUACUAUCUCCCUACCUCCUACUUUUGACUUGCUUUGCAGCAAGUUCGCGCCAGCGCACUUGAGCGUGGUAAGAAACGUCAACAGCUGUUUUCAUUUUUUUUGUAAAUUACUCCGCGAUUCAAAGACAUAUUCCGGCGUGCAUCACUUUACGAUUAGACAGACAAAAAGAAAUUGAAAAUAAAAGUUGACAAUCCUUUAAACGGGUUUUUCUCAAAACUGCUUUUUUCAAAGGCUGUAGACAUUGUAACUCAAAAACUACUUGACCAACCCACCUGUAAUUUUGUAUAUAUUUACUUUAGACAUUCCUUGAGGUAACGCUGUCGAGUUAUAUUUUUCACAGUAAUAAAUAUGUUGAUUUUCACCUUUUUUGCAAAGAAAUUCGUUGUUUUGACUUCUGAGUGAUAUAAAAAAGGCAAAAUUCGAUAAAACUUAAAAAGCUUGACAGCGUUACCUCGAGAAACUCAUAAUAAUAAAAUAUUUUUGAAUUUUUUGUUUACCAUGAUCCAAUGAUGAGUUCUGAUGUCCACCGCAAAAUUCAUUAUAUUUUGUGGUGUCUUCAAAAAUUUGCCACCGUGGCAUAUUUUUCAAAUUUUUCCUUGAUUAAUCUAUGAAAUGUACUGAAUACGCCUAUUUAAUUUAAAAAUAAAAUAAUUCUACCAUAUUUAAAAAAAAAUGUGCUUGAAAUAUUGAUUUCAACCCCUACGGCCCGCCCUAAGGAUAGCUAUGACACGAUUUUGAUAGGCAACCCAUGCUAGAAAUAUUUGCCUAUGUAUGAUAUUUAAUAAAAAAAUGUUUCAUCCGGAAAGCAGAUGGUACAGAUCGACCUAUAUUCGGAUCCCGUACUAUAACGUCAUAAUAAUUAUGUAUGUUUCUUCGUGUUGUACAAUAAGUUAAUUUGAUGAUAUACAGACUGAAUGAAGACAUAGGUACUUAGAAUUCGUGCUUUCUGAUCAUUCUGGUAUCAAUCUGACAAAAUCCAAUUACUUCAGAUAAUAUAAAAGAGUCGAUUAGAUUACAAAAAACGUAAAGUUAUGUUCAUUAAAAAAAAUCUCUUAUUUUAAGGCAAUUAAAAUUAAGUUUUAGCUUUUUCCGAUAGAUGGCGCUAGGUGAAUACGUGCUACUCGGCAAAUAAAAAGCAAUUUUCGUUAUAAACUACCGUAUUGUUUCACUUACACCUAUUGAUGUCCCUAUCCCAUUAAAAUUCUACGUACCUUCUAUAUCUAUAAUACACUGAACAGCAAAAUUAACGCACCACUUUAAAAUUGGGACAUUUUUGAUGUCUCGAAUUUCCUAAACCUGUUGUCCGAUUUGAGUGAUUUUUUAAUUGUGAGAUCUUGUGGGUCCACAAAAUGGUUCCUCCCAAUGUACAAGCUUUACACAAGUUUUGCAGUCAAAUUACUACUAAAAUGCUAAAAAUAGCUUAAUAACUUUAAAAAACUUAUAAUGAAGUUUUGUGGAACUAUAAGUAUAAUGUAAACUAGUGGAUUCUUCCUCUUUCCUACUACUUUUCCUCUUUAUAUUUAACCUACAAUAUUAUGAAAGACGUCAGUUACCAUUUACCAUCUGACCAAAUAUAAUAAUGACGUCAUAUAUAAUCGUCACUACUUCUAGCCAAUAAAUGCUCGCUGUAAUAGGAAUGGCAUGUCAAAAUAAUCUUUUAUUCCCAUUUUUUCAAAUUUAGAAUAUGGCAACAAGGGGAAAAUUGCGUGCAUUCCUUAUUGUUUGACUUCUAGAUUAUUAAAUGGUAAUAAUUAGGAAAUUGCUGUUAUCCCGUGAAAAAAAAAUUUUUUAUAAUACGUUUUGUAGGAAAAUUGGGUGAAAGGCAGGAAUCCUAUCCACUAGACCAAUACUUGAUUUAAGAUAUUGAUAUAAAUAUUUGACAUAUAAGUUAGAUCAAAAUGUUAUUGCAUUAUUUAGAUUUAAAAUGGAUUAAAAUAAAAAAAGUCAAUGGGCCCAGGUAAAAGCCGUUAAAUAUUGCAUUGUCCACGAGUUCUGAGCUAUUCUGCAAAUUUCAGAUGUCUAGCUAAUGGAAAAGUAUGUUUAAGAGGAAACAGUAGCGAUCAACAGGUAGCGAAAAUGCGUUCCAAGAUUGCGGCUGUAAUUUUGAAUAUUUUUUCGAGAUAUUUGGCACACGUAUUCGUAAUAUAAUAAAGAAUGGCGGUACAGAGCCCAAUUUAAAAAAUAUAUUAAUAUGUGGAAAUUACUCUGUAAUUAAAUACAAUAUUAAAAAAACGAGCCUCUACCGCCAUUAAGAAGAACAAAAAAAUAAACUUUCUUCAAAUAAACUUUUUUAUCCGAUGCCUAGAUUUUGUGUCAUUUUGGAACUACUAAUGAAAUAAAAAAUUUUAGUAGUUCCAAAAUGACACAAAAUCUAGGCAUCAGAUAAAAAAAUUUAUUUGAAGAAUGUGUAUUUUUUUUGUUCUUAAUGGCGGCACAGGCUCGUUUUUUAAUAUUGUAUUUAAUUACAGAGUAAUUUCCACAUAUUAAUAUAUUUUUCAAAUUGGGCUCUAUACCGCCAUUCUUUAUUAUAUUACGAAUACGUGUGCCAAAUAUCUCGAAAAAAUAUUCAAAAUUACAGCCGCAAUGUUGGAACGCGUUUUUGCUACCUGUUGAUCGCUACUGUUUCCUCUUAAAAUCGAUUACAAGAUUUCGAAUCGAGACACACAACAAGUAAAGUACAUAAUACAGUAGAACGUCAAUAAUCCGGAUUAAUUGGGACCGGACCCCAUCCGGAUUAUCGAAAUUACCUCAAAAAAAGACCAGUCUACACAUUAAAGUACAACAAACGUUUUAAAAUUUUAUGUUUUCUCUUGUACAGUAAUAGAGGUGAAAUUAAUCAAAACAUUUUUUUUAUGUUUAAACACUGUAUUGUAAUUAAUUUAUAAUAGGACCAUGUGUACAGUAAAAACAUCAGACACUAUUUGGGCUUUUAAAAAAAUGCGUAAAAUAUUUUUGAACUGCGGUAGAGGUUCGUUUUUCGCAGCGAAGUUCUUGAUUUAUUUUAAAAGAAUCAGAUAUUUUUGGUAGAUACAAAUCCGGAUUAUUGACGGUCCGGAUUUUUGACGUCCGGAUUAUCGACGUUCUACUGUAUGUAAAAAGGGUUAAAAUCACUUAAUCGACAAUAGGUUUAGGAAAAUCGAGACAUCAAAAAUGUUAUAUUUUUAGUGGUACGUUAAGUUUGCUGUUUAGCGUAUUUAGAUAAAAGACACAUAAGAAUAUAACUUUUUAAUUUUAAAAUACAUACACCAGUUUACACCAUCUUUAAAAAAAUCCAUAUAUUUUUUACUUUUUUAAUGUGAAAGUAGCUUACGCAAGUAGGACAUUGUAUUAUUUUUUUUAUUUUGUAUUAAUUGCACUUACCUAGACUUUUUUAAGUUACCGACUGUUUUGUAACAUUUUUUUUUGAUAACGUUAAUUAUUUUUAGGAAUAUUGGAUUACUUUCGCCAACUUGUAUUAGAAUAGAAGUUAAAUUCUAUUUAUUUUACUCUUUUAUAUUUUUUGUCUUUCCUGAAAUAAUUCAUGUAUGUGAAAUCUCAAUAAAGAUUAUGUGUAAA